AUAGAAAUCCUACACAUGAAAAGUAGAUUACCUAUUGUAACUAUUAAAAAAAAAAAACUCAGUUAACUAAAAAGAGAAUUAAUGAAGUGGAAGAAAUACUUCAGAAUUCAGGCUAGAGCUGUAAGGAAGAAAACCAUAAAAAUCAUUUAAGAGACCUAGAGACUAAAAUGAGAAAUACCAAAUACAUUGAACUAGAGUUCCAGAGAAGAGAGUAAGAAGAACACAAAAUAACAUUAUUGAAAAAGGAUGGAAAUUUUUUCCAUAACUAGAGAUAUGUGAUGAAGCUCCCUGUAUCAUGAGCAAAAUAAGUAAAAAAUAAAUCCACACCUAGACCCCUGAGAAUAAAAUGCAGAAUAUCAAAGACAAAGGGAAAAUAUUAGAACUACAUGUGUGAAUAAAACCAGGCUAUUGAGAAAAUGGCAGUAGGUGUAGAGCGCGGGUAAGUGGCCAGUCUAUGCUUUGUUCUUGCCCAUUCUUCACGAAUUUUUAUUUCAGUGGGCGAAGAGGACCCUGCUUUGACAGGGGAAUCAGAGCUCUGCCUUGUCAACAGUGGGAGGUGGAUAGAUUAGGAGGAAGACAGUUCAAUUGCCAUUUUAUUACAGUCUCAGAAACUAUCUCAAAUAUAGUGUUUAAAAGGACUGACUCUGAAGUGAUGCCAGUAUAUUAUUUGUAAUUCAAUUCACAUUUCUCUCAACUUUAGCCUGUUCAGUUUUGGAUAGAUGCCCAAGCAUGUUCUUUAUCAAAGGUAUAUUAAAGAAUGAAUCAAUCAGUGAACAAGUUUUACUGAGCAGCAUCACUUGUUUAUUCCAAAAAAAAAAAUUAUUGAUUAUCUACUAAGAGUAAGAUACUUAGUUAGAAAUUUUAGAGUUAAGAAUUAUGAAAAAAAGAAAAGAAAAAAAAUGAGCCAUGAAGACAUACAACAGGACAAUGAAUAAUGGGUUUGAACUGGUUUAGAUAUGAUGAUCCAGGCAGAGGGUUCAGCAAGUGCAAAGGCCCUGGGGCAGGUUGGCACUUACCAUGUUUGAAUAACAGAAAGUAUGCUAGUGUUCCUGGAACACAGUGAUUGAGGAGAAGGGUAGUAUAAGGUCAGCAAGGGAAGCAGGAAUCAGGCCAUAUAGAGUGGGGUUAGGAGUUUGGACUUUAUUCUUAAUCCAAUCAGCACAGUUGUGCAACUUGUGCAAUAUUCAGUUGCACAAGUGUAGUUAUGAUGGAGCAGCUUCGCCCAGUGAGUAAACGGAGAUAGAAUGGAGACGGAGGUGUGGGGGUUCACAGGAAGUGAUCAAGUUGGACCAUGGAGCCCAAGCCUGGGCAAGAAGGGUGAGAAGAACAUUUGGAAAAUGGUGUUCAAUGGACAGCAGGUCCCAGUGAGAUAGAACCAUUUGGAAUUGAAGCAUUUUAGUAAGUAGGCCAGAGGACAACACAUUAUUCAGAGAGUGAAAUCCUUAAAUCUGGGAUUUCAAAGACUGUUUUUUUUCCCCCUAACCUCCCCUUGUGAGUAGACAGAAUAGAUAACAAUCUGUGAAAUGAGAUUCCAGAAUUAAGAAAGUUUUGUUGUCCUCACCUUGCCCAGAAUGUAUCCCCUCACUUGCUCAGAGUUGUCUAAAAUCACGCAAGUAGAGAGCCAUUACUCCAUCAUCAAGGGCCUUCCUAUUAAAAUGUAAACCCUAUGGGAAAGAUGAUUUAUUCCAAGCCAGGCAGGGACACCUCAUCCUCAUCUCUCUCCGUAAAUGUGUAGUGAGCACCUCUCAGUCAAGGGCCCUGUGCGGCCAACCCACCAGUGCACAGCAUGGGACAAGACCAGCACUGCUCCCAACUUUAUGCAACUGAGGUCCUCGCAAACGUCAUCCUCAGGCCGACCUUGAGGACAUUCAGUAUUGUAAGGCUUGGCAAACAUAGCUCUGGCAUCUUCCUGGAGUCAGAGUGGGAGGAAAUGCCAGGUGACAACUGCAAUGACCGCCAUCCAUCCUGCUGGACUCAGGAAUCAGCAGGCUGCCUGUGCUGUGCUGCCUUUUAUCCCAUUUCCUGGGCUUCCACUUUAGACUCACAACAGACCAAGAAAGGAAAGGAUGGAGAGAAAGGUGGGCAAUGAAUCCGAAGGUGGAAAAGUAGAGAAGAUUUUAAAAGAAAGAAAAACAGGAGGUAGAGAGGUUGCACGCAGUGAGAUCAGAAUUCGAAUCUGUUCUGCUGGCCUCCUAGGCCUCUGUACUUGCACCUACACCACUGUGCCUCCAAGUCCUGACCUACAGGAGUAACAGAAGGAAAAGGGAAGAGGGCGCAGAUGUGAGGAUGCUCCCCAAGAUCAGAAUUUGGAGACACUGGUGCGGAUGUGACAGCAGGAGUGCAGAAUGUGCAAGGCCUUCCGGAAGAAGGGACCUGUAAGAAGAAACAAGCACCAGACUCAGAACCUUAGUUAAUGCCCAUAUUUCCUGGAUGGAAAGAGGAGCCAGGGCAGCACCUGGAAAAGACUGUCAGAAAACGGAAGGAGAAACAGGAACAGCGCCGUGUCCCAGAAAUCACCGAGUCCUUGAAGGCCAGACUCGUAGCUGCCGGCACCCAGCGCAGAGCCAGCUUUUAGAAGAGACCCCUGCGGAGGUCUGUAGAAUGAAGUCUCAAACCAUGAAUUACGUGGGGCAGCUGGCCGGGCAGGUGAUUGUCACUGUGAAGGAGCUCUACAAGGGCAUUAACCAGGCCACACUGUCUGGCUGCAUCGAUGUCGUGGUGGUGCGGCAGCAGGAUGGCUCCUACCAGUGCUCGCCCUUCCACGUGCGCUUCGGGAAGCUGGGCGUCCUGCGGUCCAAAGAGAAAGUGAUUGACAUAGAAAUCAAUGGCGAUGCAGUGGAUCUUCACAUGAAAUUGGGUGACAAUGGGGAGGCUUUCUUUGUGGAGGAGACCGAAGAGGAAUAUGAAGAGCUUCCUGCCUACCUUGCCACGUCACCAAUCCCUACUGAAGAUCAGUUCUUUACAGAUAUUGACUCCCCUUUGGUGAAACCAGGUGGAAGUGAAAGACCAUCUCAGAGUUCAGACGUCUCCCAUGUUCUGGAAUCAGAGACAGUUUUCACCCCCAGUUCUGUGAAAAAGAAAAAACGAAGGAGGAAGAAAUGCAAACAGGACAGUAAGAAGGAGGAGCAGGCCGCUUCCCCUGCUGCAGAAGACGCCGUGGGUGUGGAGCUGAGCUCGGAUGACGACAAGGCGGCCCAGUCGGCAAGCUGUACAAAAUGUGCUGUCAGACACCUUGCUGUGGCACUGAAAUAUCGUUUGAAGCCGACUGGCAGUGUGUCUCAUUUUACCCAUGGUGUCCGGUGUGUAGCAACAGUGAACCUUCUUCUCCUUCAUAUUUUCCUUUUAAGAGAAGGAUCUUCAAAUGCUUCCUUAAAGGAAGAAGAAUAUAAGGAGCCUCUGCUUUUCCAUUCCGGAGACCACUACCCCUUAUCUGAUGGAGAUUGGUCCCCCUUAGACAACCCCUACUCCCCAGCGGCGUGUCCUAAGAGCGACUCAGAGCUGGAGGUGAAACCCACGGGGAGCCUGCUCAGAUCCGAGUCCCACAUGGAGUGGACGUGGGGAGGGUUCCCGGAGUCCACCAAGGUCAGCAAAAGAGAGAGAUCUAGGACAGCUAUGAUUACUCCAUCAGAAAAUACCCAUUUUCGGGUAAUUCCCAGCGAGGACGACCUCCUAAGUGAAGUUGAGAAGGAUGCUUCUAUGGGGGAGACGGUCUUUACCAUCGUGAAGCCCAAGCCCCGGGCCCCAGGGAAGCAGAGGAGUGGAGCAGCCUUGGCAUCAGGGCCUCGGGAGCCCCCCGAGGGGUCAGAUGCCCACCACCCUCCUCCCCCGUCCUUUGCCGAGCUACCCUCAGAAGCUAAACCAGCCGCUAAAGUCGACUCACCCUCAAAGAAAAGAGGUGUCCACAAGAGAAGCCAACACCAGGGACCUGAUGAUAUUUACCUGGAUGACCUAAAGGCGCUAGAACCUGAGGUUGCAGCUCUCUAUUUCCCCAAAAGCGAGUCGGAGCCCGGAUCCAGGCAGUGGCCCGAGUCCGACACGCUCUCUGGCUCCCAGUCCCCACAGUCUGUGGGCAGCGCGGCCGCCGACAGCGGCACCGAGUGCCUCUCGGACUCUGCCAUGGACUUGCCCGACGUCACCCUGUCCCUCUGCGGGGGCCUCAGUGAAAAUGGAGAGAUUUCUAAAGAGAAAUUUAUGGAGCAUAUCAUUACUUACCAUGAAUUUGCAGAAAACCCUGGACUUAUAGACAAUCCCAACCUUGUAAUACGGAUAUAUAACCGUUACUACAACUGGGCAUUGGCGGCUCCCAUGAUCCUCAGCCUGCAGGUCUUCCAGAAGAGCUUACCUAAGGCCACAGUUGAGUCCUGGGUCAAAGAUAAGAUGCCAAAGAAAUCUGGUCGCUGGUGGUUUUGGCGUAAGAGAGAGAGCAUAACCAAACAGCUGCCAGAGGCCAAGGAAGGGAAGUCGGAGGUGCCGCCGCCCAUGGACCAGCCGUCGAGCGCGAAGGAGACGGCCAGUGGCAGGCCGGCUGAGGAAGACUCAUCAAGUGACGAGGGGUCCCAGGAGCUGGAAGAAUCCAUCCAAGUGGACCCCAUCCCUAUGGAGCCGCUGAGCCACAGCAGCACCACCUCCUAUAAGAAGUCUCUUCGUCUGUCCUCAGACCAGAUCGCAAAACUGAAGCUCCAAGACGGCCCAAAUGACGUCGUGUUUAGCAUUACAACCCAGUAUCAAGGCACCUGCCGCUGUGCGGGGACCAUUUACCUGUGGGACUGGAACGACAAGGUCAUCAUUUCUGACAUCGACGGGACAAUAACCAAGUCUGAUGCUUUAGGACAGAUCCUUCCACAGCUGGGUAAAGACUGGACUCAUCAGGGUAUCGCAAAGCUCUACCAUUCCAUCAAUGAGAAUGGCUACAAGUUCCUAUACUGCUCUGCCCGCGCCAUUGGCAUGGCCGACAUGACCCGCGGCUACCUGCACUGGGUCAACGACAAGGGCACGAUCCUGCCCCGCGGCCCCCUGAUGCUGUCCCCCAGCAGCCUGUUCUCCGCCUUCCACAGGGAAGUAAUAGAAAAGAAACCAGAGAAGUUCAAAAUUGAGUGUCUAAAUGAUAUCAAGAAUCUCUUUGCCCCGUCUAAGCAGCCCUUCUAUGCGGCCUUUGGAAACCGUCCAAAUGAUGUCUACGCUUACACACAAGUUGGAGUUCCAGACUGCAGGAUCUUCACCGUGAACCCCAAGGGUGAGCUGAUACAAGAAAGGACCAAAGGAAACAAGUCAUCGUACCACAGGCUGAGCGAGCUGGUGGAGCACGUGUUCCCGCUUCUGAGCAAGGAGCAGAGCUCUGCCUUUCCGUGCCCGGAGUUCAGCUCCUUCUGCCACUGGCGAGACCCGCUCCCUCAGGUGGACCUGGACGACCUGGCCUGAGGCGCGCCUCCAGCCGACGCCCCGUCACCCGCCUCGCAGCAGGGGCAGGUGACCGGCCCUUCCGCUGGACAGAGGACGUGGGGUCCCCUCCCGGCCUCGGGUGUGGGACAAGACGUGCCGACAGCCGGGCACCAGCAGGGACGGGAAAGCUGCUGGGGCUGGAACCGCCUCCCCCCUUCCCCCUCCCGGGCCCCGAGGGGCUGCUGCUCGGCGCCACGGAGGGGAGCUCGGGCCUGAGGCCGGAGGCCUGGGCUCCUGUUGCUGGCCGGUCCUCCCACACGCUCUGUGUUGUGUGCUGGGUGCUCCUUUAAUUGCUUGAUUUAAAAAGAAGAAAAAAGAAGCUAAGAGUGGACCAAAACGUUGCACGAAGUAAAGUGUUCUAAUUUCCACUGGGCAGUUGAGAGUGUUUCUCUCUAAAAAGGAGGGCUUUCUUCAGGGGAUCAGGGUCCAGUUGGUGAUGUUGGUCCAAAUCGCCUGUGCACAUUUCUUCUGUGGGCUCCUCCCUCCCUGCUCCACGGAAACAGGACGCUUGCUCGGGCCCCCAGGGUGACAAACGUGGGCUUCGGGGGAACAUAAGGUCCUUCUGUCGUUGCCUUCUCACCUGUGACUAUUCCACGGUGGGGACCUGAACUGAGGUGUCGUGUCUCGGACCGGCAGGAAGGAGCAGGUCUUGCAGGAUGUAUGUGAUGCCCGUAAGAGACGUCCUAGCAGCAGGAGUUGGUAAAACAGCAAGGAACAGCUCUGUUCUCAGGGAGGCCUUGGAAAUGCAGAUGGGCACUUGUGACGGGUCCUGGGAUGGGUCCUUUCUCCGUCCCCCUGCCUGCAGCCCAGUGUCCCAGCCUGGUUGUGACGAGCUCUUGUCGGACCUGAGCAGGUCGCCCCAGGGAAGGGGGGGGGGGUUCUGUCCACAAGCCUCUGCAGAGCUGUGAGCACGAGCCUGCAGAGGUGAGGCUGGGUGUGGAUGGUCCCCUUGGUGUUAAAAUCGAGAGAACUGUUAGCCAGGAGCUCUCCUGGGACCAGCAGGGCCCACACACAGCCCUUCGUUGGGUUGAGAGAGCAGCGGGCAGGUUCCAGAGCAGAGGGCGGGCGCCCGAUGGGAACACUGCAGAGCAGUGCAGGCACGGCCCCCGGCCCCCACGGUUUCCUUUCCCACCUGUGCUUUCCCUGUGCUGGUCUGGCAGGGGGCACUCCUUGUAGUUUGCUCCACCGAAAUAAUAACUGAUCUAGAGCUGGAGAAGUGGGGGCGGUUAUUUUCCAGAUUGGAGAGUUGAAAGUCCCUGACUCAGUUGAGCCGUGUUUCCCAGUGCUGUUGGGUGCAGGGAUGAUGGCACGGUCCCCAGAACGCAGCUCUCAAUGGCAGAGGCUGGCGGAGCCACACACGCUUCCUCCGGUGCAAACUGUCCCACCGUAAAUAGCUCAAGGACUCAUCAUGUAAAGAAUUUAUUUAUGUACAGUAGGUCAGGGAAAGUAGGUUGUGUUUGUAUGAAGUUCUGCCCAGUUAGUGAAAUCAAUUCCUCGUAUGGUGGCCCUGCAGUUACUUCAUCUCAUAGAUGCCAUCAGCCUGUUGCCCCACGUUUGCUUUAGGCAGUUACCCUGAGCUUCGUAGGGCUUUGCUAUGUGCGGUACGGAAAUCUUGAUAACACACCUUCUGUUGUCCUUUGUUGGCUGUCCUUUAAAGAGCUUCUGACUAGACACUUCCUUUUUCUCGAUAAGCUCUUCUCUCUGGACACGGGCAUCUUAGAGGGUCGAACCUGGGAACCCAGGUCUUCCGGCCCUGCACUGAGGGUGGCUGACCCCUCUGCCCGGGGGCCAUCAGCACUAGACUUUGUCAUUUUGUCACCGCAGGUUGAUCCAGUGGGUACAUAUGCUAAUUAACCUGAGUCUUUUUCCUUAUUUAAAGGAGUCCCUCUUGCUGAAAGUAGAUGAUUACUAUUACUAUAGUGUUAAGAAAGUAUUAAGUUUGUGCUGAUCCAUUGCCAUUUGGUACAAAUGACAUUUGUUCUUUCUGUGAAAGAUGCCCUCGAGUGUGUUUGUACACAGACCCUUCUGAUGGGAGCUAAUGAAGGAGCAGCAGCCUCUCGCUGCUUUUGGGGACGGGUGACAUGAUGGCGGUGGCGGGGGGGCCGAGGUGGACUGGGCUCUUCUAAUCACUCUCUCCGCUGCUCCACUGGUGAAAUGGCCGUGGCCCCUUUCCCUCUUUCCAGUCCAACCUGACUUGAAUAUCUAUCUGCCUUGGUGUCUGCGUGCUGAAGCUUGUAUGGUUGUAGUGUUGACAUCUGUAUCUCUGCAGGGCUUACGAAGUGCACGCGUGGGCCCAGAGCAUGCAGACUUGGCCCACGUGUCAGUAUCGUGUUUGCUGUGCUUUAAAACAUCUGCAUAGUUUUCAACUGGAAAAAGAAAAAACUUACUAGUGUGAUGUCAUGAAAUGAAAGCUGUUGACAAUCUAGGAACAAGAGCCAGCUAACCAGCCGGAAAGUACUCGUGCCUUUGGCUGCACAUGGCCCUUCUGGAGUGUGUCCUUGAAGCUGCAGGCAAGACCUGAAGAAAUGGGCAGAGAGUAAACUCUCAAGUUUUGCAAGUUGGUGAAAACAGACUCUCCCAGGGAAUUUUAUCAUCUUUUCAAGUAUCAUCAUAGUUACUCUGGGAAGCCUUGUUUUCCUCUGUUUUGGAGAAUGCUGGGUUUAAUGAAACUGGUUAAAGACUGAGUUUUUGUUUAAAGUAAGUGCUCUUUCCAGGUGAAAACAACUUUUUUGGUUUGUUUUAAAGGUAAGAAAGGGAAGGGAAAACUUUACUCUUUUAAUUUAAUCAUUACAUUCAGUCUGUGAUGACAUAUUUGAUUAUUAGGCACAGCAGUGCCACUAACAAGUU